AUGGACUCCCUCCCAGCAGAGGUCGCCGAGACCAUUCAAGCUGGCCAUAUCAGAUUCCAUCCCGACAUCAACUUCGACAUCGCACCCUCUACAGCUGCAGAUCAACGAGAACCAGUCACCCUCCACAGCCCCCGUCUCAGCGAUGACGAUCUUCUGAACGAUAUCGAAGACGACGAGGAAGACAUACCCUACAGUGUUCUGCACCAAACCCGCAAGUCACAUAGUCUCCCUCCAUUACCGGACUUGCGAUUCGAGCAGAGUUACUUAAGGAGCAUCGCCAAUGCCGAUACCUGGUGGAAGGUCUUGCUUAUCACGGCAAGAGAUCAGGUUAUGAUGCCCUUGGCCCAAGGUCUUAUUUAUAACCUGCUGCUGUGUGGCUGGCAACAUUGGAAUAGGACUGCCAAAUCACAUGGCAACACAGCUGGCUCACGGGUGCGGAGAUGGUGGUAUGACGUUAACAACUGGACGAUACCAAAGCGAAAGUUAUAG